UUCUAUUGCAAUAUCCAAGUCAGAAGAUGGCGGCAAUGCGGUUGAAAGCUGCCAACCGCCGUAAAAUAGCAGAAGAAGAAGAAGACGACCAGACGACGAAGAAGAAGAAGAAGAAGAAGAAGAAUGCAUCAUAUAGAUGUCAAUGAUGCGAUAUAACGUUGUUAGCCAACCGUCACACACUCAAAAGUUAAAUGAUGUGCGACACUACCGGCCAAACAGACCACAGAAAGUCACAGGAGAUACGUCUGAAGGAAAUAUGUUUUCAAGCUGUCAGGAAGCAUUUUGCUGCUCUGCGCACUGAGGCUGUUCUCGAUCUUCCAGCGCCUCUAAUUGAGGAUCUUCUUCCUCAUCUGACUGUAUGUCAGCUGGAUGAGCUCCAGCCUACCCUAAAUCAAAGAGGGAUAUCAACUUACUUUGCAUGGGUUGAAGUCCUUCGGGAAAUCUGUGGCCCUAACCAUGUUACAGACUUGCACACAGAAGAAGAGGCCAAACACAAAGUUAUGAGAAUGCUUUUUAUGGCUGUAUUCUAUGGCUUCACAAACCCCUUUGCCAAACAAAACAUGGCAAAUUUAAACACCCCAUCUUUCCUGCAGGCUGCAGCUAAAUGCCUCAAACAGUUUUCACUCAUUAUGAGCUUGCAUAAGCCCCUUGAAAGUUUAACUGCUAAGCUGCGUCCUCUUCUGAACCUCUUAGAGAAGUGUAUUGGGAGUGUUGUUGUAUCACAGUGCACCGAUCUAUCAAAAAAGAAAACACAAACUCCAUUGUAUGUCCUACAUCGCCUGUUUGACCAUGGGGUGGCUAAAGAACUUGUUGUACAUGUUCAGUGUCCCAUCAUGCUGGCCUGGCUCUUACAUGGAAGGGGAUCUCAGUAUAUAAACCCUGAGCUGAAGACCCUAAUAAACAGCAAAAAGGCAAACUGUGUUUCCCAAGCUGCUUCAACCAAUGUUGACGGAGUCAGUUGCAGCCCAGGUCUUGAGACACGGACUUCAGUAGAUCAGGAAGAUCAAGUCACUCCAUGCAAACGCUCAAAGUUGGAUUUACUGUCUGUGGAAGAGGAGGAAUCUGGAAAAGCCAACUUCACUUUGGACCCACAGGUUCUCUGUCAAAUGUUCACUCCAUGUGAAGGUUCCUCAGCAGGGGCUUGUCCAUGGGGACAGAUCUGUUGUCUGGAGAUCAGGCAGUGUGGAUCCGACUGCCUUGGAGUGCUGAACUCUGCCCUGCCCACAUUUUUCUGCCUUCGCUCUCUAACACUGCACAGCUUUUCGAUCUUCCGGGACUCGGAUGUGAUGGGCUUUGCUAGAGCCCUGAGGCAGCUGUCUGAUAGCUCCCACAGCUCUCUCAGUGAUUUGAGUAUCAGCGUUCUGCCUUACACCGAGCUUGUAGAGAUCCUGCUGGACGCAAGCCCCAACAUAACGUCCCUGCAGGUGGAAAUCCAGACUGUGACGUGGGGUCCUCACAUCUCACCACAUCAUCCCAGGAUUGCUGAGUCAGACAUGUCAGCAGAGCUGCCCCUGAAGAAACUGACAGUCAAAGUAGCUGAGCUUCAAACACAUCUGCACUUCAUCACGUCUGUGCUGAGGCGCUGUCCACAUCUCACCUCACUUCACGUAGCUGGAAUGAGAUUACCAGCUGGUUCCUCUCAAAGUCAGCUCCUCACUACUCUCUCAGAGUCAAAUCACUUCUUGAGGAGUCUCACCUUGGAGGACAUGAAGCUGUCAGAUUGUCUCCCUGAGAUCCUAAAUCUACUGCAAGACUGCAAGUUGGAAGAGCUACGGUUUAAUGACUGCCGCCUUCUUGAGAGUUGGAACAACAAGGAGGAGAGUUUGCAGCAGUUGGUGGCUGCUCUGAAGAGAGUGCCUUCUCUCCACACACUCAGCCUGGCUCAGAAUCGUUUAGUCAGAAACGUGUGUGUGCUGGCAGAGCUGUUCUCCGGUAGCUCACCAAGCUCAGUGAAACAUCUCGACAUCAGCUCUAACUUCAUUCAGCCUGCUGAGCUGCUGGAGUUUGCUAAGAGAUUGCAGACACACCAUCCCCCACACCAGCUGACCCUUGAUCUCAGGAAAAAUCCAGGGGAUCGAGACCCCGACACAUGGAACACUGCAAUGAAGGAGCUCCGUCCAUUCUGUGUUCUUCUGGUUGAGGGAUGGAUAUCCACUAACACCAUGGCAGACCACAUCAGCAAUAUGUGAACAGAGCUAGAGGAACAUGUGCAAGUAUCAGACACCACCUGUAUGAGUGAUAGGCAGCUGUAAAAAGUUGGUACUUUAUGUAAAAUUUUCUUUUUGACAGAAAACAGAGACUGUUUUCAAUUUGACUUUUUCCAGUUCGGAAAGUUCCAAAGAUUCCAAUGACUUUUCAUUGUUCAAGAAAACCCACAAAUGUCAGAAAAACUACACCUGCAGCAUGAGUCUCUUCUCCACUGCCCAUGUGAUGCAGUAUUAUUCUAAACAGUCAUAUUUUCAACAUGUCUAAAUACACACCUUCCAUUCUGUCUUAACUGGGAUCUGUAGUGUAAUACGCUCAGUACGGAGCAUAUGGAUGGACAGCAGAGAAGCAGAUGAAGCUGAAGGGUGCAUUUAUAAGUACUUAUAAACAUUUACUGACAUUUGUUUUUUUCUACUGCAAUAUUUGCAUACUUAUGCAACAUUUUAUUAGUUCUGUGUAUGUCACAUUUCUGAAAUGUAAUGUUACGGAAGAACAUACAUUAAAUAAUUGCGUGACACAUUUUAUUAUAUUUAUGUUAUGACUUAUUACCUAUAAAUUUUAAUUCAUUCUCUUGUAUCCAAAUGCACAGCAGCAGUUGGAAAUGAAAAGAGCAUCACAUGUUAGUUUGACAUUUGAAUCAUUUAAUAAACCAACAUCUGUUACA